CCUGGCAUUUAAAAAACCAACUUCUCCCUCACCCCACAAUUCCCAAUCAACCAAAGGCAUCAAGCACCUAAUCUCCCUUUAAAAUUAACUGUCACAGCACCAUGGCCAUGGAAAUUGUGAGAAACGAAAGAGCCGGAGCCGAGGUGGUCUACGGGGCCGAAGCUUGUUAUCAGCACUCUGUAGACUUGCUUCAAGAGCUAGGGUUUCCAAAAGGCGUGUUGCCGUUGAAGGAUCUAGAGGAGUGCGGCCGAGUUCGAGAAACCGGGUUCAUAUGGAUGAAGCUAAAGGUGCCUUAUGAGCACUUGUUCAAGGAGAUAGGGAGCAGGGUGAGCUAUGGGACUGAGUUUACAGCCUAUGUGGAGAGAUUGAAGAUGAAGAAGAUGACAGGGGUGAAGAGCAAGCAGCUCAUGGUUUGGGUUCCUAUCACUGAGAUGAGCAUGGAUGAGCCUGAAAGCAGCAAGAUACACUUCAAGAGUUCGUUCGGGAUGGGGAGGUCAUUUCCUGUUUCGGCUUUUCAGAAUGGGGAAUAGGAUCUUGAAUAACCCUUUACUUUCACAUUAUUAUGAAAUCACCGUCCAAAGUUUAUUACCUUUUACUUUCACAUUAUUACGCAGUCACAUUCUAAAGUUUAUCAUGAUAAAUAAAUUGUGGGGAGUUUACUCUCUCUCUCUCUCUCUCAGAGAGAGAUACAUAGAUACCACGCGAGUAUGUUUUGCUAAUAUCUUAAACUUGAUUUAAGAGUAAGGCCUUGUUUGGACAUCCCUUUUUUAGCUGCAUGAAUAAAUUUGCCUUUAUGUUAA